AUGGCCAAGAAAGGAGGAAAGAAGAACAAGAAGGGCAGCAAGCCCGUCGCUGCCGUUGUAGACAACGUCAAGGACGUGGUUGAACCCGGUCACGAAACCGUCGACGAGACCAACCAAACUGAAGGCCAGACUGAGACUGUCGAACAGACAGAGGCGCCCGAGACUGCGACACAGCCUACCGAGACCGUCGCUGAGCCUAGCAAGGCGCCGGAGCCCACCCCCGCGACCUCGGCCCCCGCAACUGAGAUCCCAGCUGUGGCGGAGACCAAGGAGGCUGUGAAGGCCGAGGAGGCUCUCGCAACAGAGAACAAGGGUACAGUGGAAGAGGCCGUGGAGAAGGCGCAAGCCUCCAAGGCCGGCCAGUUGGGCGAAUUGGAAGGUGGCGCUGCCGCAGGCACUGCUAUCCUCCCGGAGACGACCACUAAGGAGCCCGUUCCCUCGAUCGCCACGACCGGCGUUUCUGAGACAUUGGUUGAGCGACCCAAGACCGCUGAAUCAACCGAUGUCCCUGCUGUCGUUGCGCCCGUGCCUCCCGCCGUUCCCGUCGAGGCCGAUGCUGCCCACUUUAAGCGCCCGUAUGAGAAUCCCAUCUUCAACAACGAGGAGAACCUGAAGCCCCACAAGAUGCCCAAGACCGAUGAGGAGGCGCUCGGCGCUAGCGUGGUGGAGGACAAGAAGACUAUUGAGACAUUGGCCGGUGCUGGACCCGCUUCCACCGCUGCCUUGACAACCCCUGAGCCUGUGCCUGUUCAGGCUGGGGAACCUAAGGCUACCGAGACUCCUGUAGUCGCCGAGGCGCCCAAGGCCGCCGAGACCCCUGUGGUCGCUGAGGCACCUAAGAUUGCUGAGGAGAAGAAGGUCGCCGAGACUCCUGUGGUCGCCGAGGAGAAGGUCGAGGCACCUAAGGUUGCUGAGACACCCAAGGUUGCCGAGGAGAAGGUCGCCGAAACCCCUGUAGUCGCUGAAGCACCUAAAAUCGCCGAGGAGAAGAAGGUCGCUGAGACUCCUGUGGUUGCUGAGGCACCCAAGGCCGUUCAGAAGACCCCCGUCGAGUCCGCCCCCAAGAGCACCCCUGCUCAGACCGGCGCCAGCAAGCCUGCCUCCUCUCCCGAAGCGAUCGCCGCCGCGAACGCUGCCAUUCUUUCUUCCAAGGGCGAUAGAGCUGCUGCUCCCCCGGCGGCCGCCACAGUCGUUGCCAAGGAGGCUGAGCCUAAGAAGCCCGAAGCUGCCCUGAAGCGUGGUGAGGAGCCCCUGCCUAAGGAUGAGGCACCCAAGCCCGAGACUAAGGCCGAACCUGUCAAGGAGGAAGCUGGCAAGGCCCAGCAAGAGACCCAGAAGACAUCUGAGCCCUUAGCAGAGCAGGUCGAGAAGAAGAAGGGCGGGUUCAUGUCCUGGUUGAAGCGCAAGUUCAAAUGA